AGGACACAGUUCACCUGUGUAAGCUGCCAGUGUGACAAUGAAGAUCACUGUGAUUUUCCCGUUGCUGCUGCUGGUCUGCUCUGGCUCCACAGAUCAGAAUAAGCAGAUUGCAAACCAACAGCCUUGUCCACAAGACAUCAAUGCUGUGCUGAGAGAGAUGACCGCUACUUUGACUCAACAGAAGUUUGAGAUGAGAUUGCUGCAAAGAGAGAAUAAAGAGCAUGCAGCAAAGCUGGAGCGGCAGGAGUCUGAGUUGAAGAAGCAGGAGACUGAGUUGAAGAAGCAGGAGACUGAGUUGGAGAAGCAGGAGACUGAGUUGAAGAAGCAGGAGACUGAGUUAAAGAAGCAGGAGACUGAGGUUGACAAGCUGAAGCAACAGCUGAAAGUUGGGCAGGUGGCUUUCUCAGCCUCUCUGUUGGCUACAGGCAGCGGAUAUGUCGGACCCUUUCCCAGACACACUACUCUGAUCUUCAAACAUGUCGAUACAAACAUUGGAAAGGCCUACAACCCAGACACAGGUAUUUUCACUGCACCAGUGAGAGGAGCCUACCACUUCGAGUGGUACAUAGGAACAUAUGGAGGUCACCAGGCUUCAGCAGCUGUGUUGGUCAAGAACUCACAACUCAUUUUUACGGCAUAUGAACAUCAGACAUCCGGUUAUGGGACUACUGCUAUGGGGGGCUACACUGCUCCUAGAGGUUGGAGAUGUUGUGUUUGUGCGUCUGUGGGAAAAUACAAAGGUGUUUGAUGAUGGUAGUCACCAUACCACCUUCAGUGGUCAUCUGCUUUUCACCAUGUAAGACAGAAACUCUUCCUCUUUUCCUUUAAACUCUUGAACAGUUCUUCCUCUGAACUGAUCUCAAAUGUAAUCUGAUAAUCUUGAAUCACUGUAGUAAUGUAUAGUGAACUUCUGAUUUUCCUUUAUAUAAAAGCUGGAUGACAGAGAAGUGCAACAUCAAUUUAUACAAAUGAAAAUCUUUAUUAUUAUUAAAGCAAUCUAACAUACAGGUAGCUUUUCUUUUCAAAUUUGAAAGUGAUACGUUUUUCUGAUGCUCUUGUCUAUAAUAAAAUAAUAAACAUACAAUUAUAA